UAAGAAAAACAUUAGACGAGAAUGCAAAAAAGAUCUCAACUACACAACAAACAAGGAAACAAUUUUAUGAUGAUAUUGAGUUCUUUUAUGAUGCAUCUAGGCCAGACAACCUGCCAGAUUGGGCUUAUGUAUCUGAUGAAGAAGAA